CUCUUUUCCGUUUCGCGCUGCCUUAACAAUUCUCUCGUCACUACUCGUCGCCCCUCGUCAGAGUCGUCCCCCCUCGGUCGCUCCUUCCGUACUCCGCUGCAGCUCCAAUCCUCCCGCCCAUCCUCAAAAGGAAGGCACGAGGCUCGAGGUUCCCUGUGCAUCCCAUCUUCAUUCUUGGGUCUUUUAUCCCUUUUCGCCAGAUCGCCCCCGUGUAAUCUGUGUUUACCCUGCCAACUCGCGUCCACUCCCAGCGAAUCGGGACUCCAAGCGACCUCCCCCCGGCGUCCUGUCUGACCAAACUGCAUCAUCACCAUCUUUCGCCUGCCACUCCUAGACCUCUAGACUUUCCAAGACCACUGGCAUCAUGGCGCCCGAAAGAGACCCCGUAGCCUACUACAAGAAACUGUCCACUCCACCUCCACCGGGCACCCCCUACGGCCUCCCCAUCCCAGGCUCAGAGCGUCCCAAUCGCAGCGCCGUCUACCGUCACUGGGCUGUCCGCGAUGAGCCCUUGCUGACCUCAAUCGACCCCGAGACCCAGACCACCCAUGAUCUCUUUGACAAGAGCUCCAAGAAGUGGCCCAGUGCCAGGUGUCUCGGCACCCGUCACUGGAACCCCGCCACCCAGGCUUGGGAGGACAAGUACGACUGGUUGAGCUACGCCGAGGUCGACGUCCGGAGGAAGAACUUUGGUGCUGGUAUCGUCGAGAUUCACCAGCGCAUCAAUUACACCCCUGACAAGUAUGGUGUCGGUCUCUGGUCCCCAAACCGCGCCGAAUGGCAGAUCACCGAUCUCGGCCUAGCUUCACAAGCGCUCUACUCAGUCUCCCUCUACGAAACCCUUGGUCCCGAUGCCACCGAAUACAUCAUCAAUCAUGCUGAAGUUGCCUGCGUCGUCUGCUCGCUGCCCCAUAUCCCGGUCCUCCUUAAAAUGUCGCCGCGCCUGCCUAGUCUCAAGCUCAUCGUUUCCGUCGACCCUCUCGACCACGGCGAGCUGGCUUCCCACACCAAAGCCUCUGUCUUGAACGAAAUCGCCUCGAACCAUGGCAUCCAGAUUUACUCCAUGGCCCAGGUCGAGGAGAUUGGUGCCCGGUCAGGACGUGCCCCAAGGGCCCCGACCGCUGAGGACGUCACCACCAUCAACUACACCUCCGGCACCACAGGCCCCCCCAAGGGUGUCCUCAUCACACACCGAAACGCAGUUGCUGCCAUUUCGGCUGGCCGAGUUAACGGCAACGUUGGCCCUAAGGAUGUCCACAUAUCCUAUCUCCCAUUGGCCCACAUCUACGGCCGUCUCAUCGAUCAAAUUGCCCUGACCGAGGGUGCUGCUGUUGGCUUCUUCCGGGGAGACAUCCUUGGCUUGGUAGAUGACAUGAAGAUCCUUCGGCCCACCGGCUUCAUCUCCGUCCCUCGCCUCUUCAACCGCUUCAGCUCGGCCAUUCAGACUGCCACCAUCAAGGCAGACGGUACUCGAGGUGCGCUCUCGAGGCACAUCAUCAACACCAAAAAGGCCAACAUGCGAGCCGCACCGGGCAAGGCCUCCAACUCGCACUUUUUGUACGAUAGGAUCUGGACUCCCAAGGUCAAGGCCGCUGUGGGCCUUGAGAGAGCCCACAGCAUGGUUAGCGGAAGCGCCCAGCUUGACCCCGAUGUCCAGGACUUCCUCCGUGCUGCCUUUGCCAACCACUUUGCUCAGGGCUUUGGCAUGACCGAGUCGUAUGCCGUUGGAACGAUUCAGGCUCGUGGUGACUUCAGCCUUGGCAACAUCGGUCCCCCAAUGGCUUGUAUGGAGGUCUGCCUUGAGUCGUGCCCCGAGUUCGAGUACACGGUACAUGACAAGCCUAACCCCCGUGGCGAGCUCUUACUUCGUGGCCCCGCCAUUUUCCGCGAGUAUUACAAGAAUGAAGAGGAGACUAAAAAGAGUCUUGAUGCCGACGGAUGGUUCCACAGCGGUGAUAUCGCCGAAGUUGACAAGAUGGGUCGUUUCAAGAUUGUUGAUCGCAAGAAGAAUGUUCUCAAGCUAUCACAGGGCGAGUAUAUCUCUCCUGAGCGCAUCGAGAAUGUCUACUUGGGAGCUACCAAUCUUGUGAACAUGGCAUAUGUCCACGGUGAUGGUACCCAAUCCUCUCUUGUAGGUGUUUUUGGCAUUGAUGUGGAGCACUUUGCUCCAUUUGCCAGCAAGAUCCUACAAGAGAGUAUCACUGCCAGCGAUGUGUCCGCUGUCAAAACUGCCGCGAACCAUCCUAAGGUCAAGGAGAAGUUCCUCAAGCAGCUAGACACUAUCGCUCGCAAGCACAAGUUUAACAGCUUCGAAAAAGUGCGCCAUGUCCAUCUGGAGGUGGAUCCUUUCACUAUUGACAACGGACUGUUUACACCUACACUCAAGCUCAAGCGACCUCAGACAGCCAAGGCGUUCCGGGGGCAUAUCGACCGCAUGUAUGAGGAGCUUGCUGCUGAAGAAUCCAGCAAGGCCAAGCUGUAAGCUAAGCUGUAAGACUAAGGCUUGUUAAAGAUAAGGCAUAUCGAUAUCGGCGUUGGAGUCAAAGACUGGUGUGUGGGUUUACAACCUGAGAUGAUGCAAGCCAUCAGGUGUUUAUCAUUGAUAGCAUAUGAAAGUAAUUCGUGCGCAUUUCUUUGUUCCUCAAGUGACAAUAGCAGCCACUUUUUAAGAAUUUAAAUAUGUUAAGAAGCUCUUUGCUUUAAUAAAAAGAAGACAG